UUGUAACAUUUUUAUCACAUCGUGUUUCACAAAAAUAACCACGUAAACAAGAACUUUAAUUUUUUGCUAAUUAUUUGACAUUCUUAAUUAUAAAUUUGAAAUUAUGGUCAUCGAUCCCGUAGAAAAAGUUCAAAAGACAGAGCUAGUGGGCAAAACUAUUAUAAAAGCCCAGUUAGGAGAUGAAAUUAAACGCUUAUCAAUUCAUAAUGAUGAUUUAACAUAUGACGAACUUGUUUUAAUGAUGCAGAGAGUAUUUAAAGAUAAUAUCGCUAAAGAUGAUGAUAUUAGGCUUAAAUAUAGCGAUGAAGAUGGAGACCUUAUCACACUUUCUGACAAUGCUGAGCUUAACACAGCUCUUGAAGCUGGGUCUAUUCUAAAAUUAUCUAUCAACAUUUCUGGUAAAGAAUUUAAAUUAGAAACUUCUGAGGUCAAAAAAAUUCGAAAAGAGUUGAAAACAAUUAGAGACAGAAUAAAUUAUUUGUUGGAUUGCCUUGAGCUUAAGUGCCUUGACAAAAUUGGAGAUGGGGAAGACAGUUUGGAUGAAAAGUCAUCUAAACAUAUUCACAAUAAUUUAAAUGCCAUGAAAAUUCAUUCUUCUUCAACAAAUAAAUCUGUAUUUAAUCCAUCAGUACCCAUGAUGAAUAGUUCUCCAGCUUUGAUUUCAGGAGGUAACAAAAAAAGUGAUAUAAAUCUUCAUUCAACUUUUGAUCCAUUCCUACAACAAAAAGAGAGGGAAGAAAUUGAGGGCAAAACAGAAGAGAAUGACAAUGUAAAUUUUGCUACAUCGAGAGCUCCCCCAUCUGGGUCCUCUAUCACAAACAAUAUGAAUAGUAUGUUGAGACCAUCUAAUCAUCCAAAUAUAAUUUCUAACCCUAAUGCACCUCCUUCAUCAACUACAUUUGAUCAACAUAACAUGAGCUCAUAUAAUGGAGAUGGUAAAAGACCAAAUUACACAAUGAUGAAUGGUGAAGAUCAUGGAUCCAGGAACAUUCUUCCCCCAUCUUCGGAAAAUAAUCCGUUAAAUAUAAAUCAGCCACAGCAGGCUCCUUAUUACCCCUACAACAAAACCGCGCCACCCCAAAUUCUACCAACUAUACAACACGUUCGAUUACCCCCACAUUUUCACCCUCCUCACCCACAGAACACGCAGACUUCCCAACCUCUACCUUCUCAACCUCCCCAGGUUCAAACAGGUUAUCCGCAUCCUCCAGGUCCGCCACAAUUUAAAGGCGGACCGACUCCCCCUAUUUCGUCUUCUACCCCUUUCUAUAACCCUCAAGCCAGCGGCGUAAGACAAAACUAUCCCAACAUCAUGAACCCCAUGCCUAACAGUUAUAACCCUAAUUCGAGCUUCAACGCCAGUUACAAUCCAAAUCCGAAUAUUCCCGGGCCUAAUAUGGUUAGUUCUAAUAGUAACCUUCAACCCGGAACUGGAGUUGUCUUGGGAACAAAUAUGCAGCCUUUUGGAGGGAUGGGCCCACCCCAAGCUGGCAACUUUCAAUUCCAGCCACCCCAGUCUCAUCAUCAGCCGCAAAGUUCUUUAGGAAUCAACCCUUCUGGUUCGUCUAUAGGCGCACCUCCCCCAAACCCUCAACAACAGAAGAUGGACUUUGGUCCACCGCCUCAGGCCCCAACCUACUACUCUCAAGGACCGCAUCCAGGGUACCAGCAACAGCCUACUUUUUAGAAGAAAAAAAAGGAAAAUCAACAUAAUUCUGAAGAUUAACCUUUUUUUAAAAAAAUUUAGCAUUAUUUUUAAAUAACAAUUUUAUUGUAUGUCUACGAGAAUUAAAUGAUUUCUUUAUUAUUAUAUGAUAUUCACUUAUUAACAUGAUCCUACUAAUUAAUCAAACCUUUUACUAAAAAAAAACGAAUUUAUAUAAUGAUAUCUAUCUAUAUAAUAUAAAGCUGCUAAUUUUAAAUAGUUUAAAAACAUCUUAUAAACAAAACCAUUUUUAUCUUUAUAUUACAAUAAUGUAAAUUUAUUUCAAAAAUUUGACGGCUAAAUUUAAAUAAUUUCUAUUUUUUUUAUAAUGCAUUUUUUAAGAUAGUUAUUAUUUAUUUACCAUGAUGGCGAUAA